AUUAGUGCACCAUUAUGCCCAGCAAUCGCGAUUAAAUGUAUUAGAGGAAGAACUAGUUAUUUGAAAAUUUUCUAUUAUAUAUGUAAUCCUUCUAGUGCUCAACUUUGGUUAAUUCAGAUGAAGGUAUAACCAUAUAAUUAACAGCUGACUGUUGAGUUAAGUCAAGUCCUGUGUCCCCUUUUACACUCGGGUAGUUCAUGUGUUAUUGCAAUUUUCAUUAAUCCUUUGCACUGAGUUACAAGAUCAGUGCUCUAAAAUGAAUCCGGUCGCCCAAACAUUAAGGUUGUUGCAGCCUAAAAUCUACAAUAGUCACGUUCAGCUGCCUCAGAUUUUAAACUUUAACAAAAUUGUAGUCACUUGCGUCCGCAACUGGAAUCACACCCAUUUAGAUCUUGCUGAUAAACAUCGUCUGAAGAAGUCGAGGUAUUACAAAAGAGAGGUUCACUUCCCUGAAAAGUAUACUGUCAAACCUAUACCGUAUACUAAUCUAGGAGGAAGAGAUCCAGAAACAGGUCGAGUUGUUGUGAAAGGGCUUGGUGGAGGAAUCAAACAUAAGUAUCAUUGGAUUGAUUGGUACCGCGUAGGACCCAAAGAUGACAGCCCUCCAACCAUUGAAAAGGUUCUUAAAAUCAUAAAAUCUGGACUCAGAACAGCAGAUAUUGCUCUUGUUGGUGUCGAAGGUAGACUGAAAUACAUUGUGGCCUCUGCAAACAUGAAAGCUGGUGAUCUCCUCAAAACUUCAAUGUUUAUUCCCAGAAUUCCAGUUGCUGCGGAGGAAGGCGAUGCUUACCCAAUAGGAGCUUUAACCCUAGGCACCGUCAUACACAAUUUAGAAAUGUAUCCUGAAAAAGGAGCCGCUUUCUGUAAAGCUGCAGGAUCAUUUGCCACCAUCACCCGUAAAAUCGGGGAUAGAGUGAUUGUGCAGUUACCCUCCAAACAUGAACUUUCUUUGGAUCCUCAUUGCAUGGCAACUGUGGGGCGCGUAUCAAACCUACAGCAUGCCUCUACAGAUUUAGGCACCAUAGGAUGGAGGGAAGCAGGUAACCGUCCAAGGUCGGGUCUAUGGCAAAGGAAAGGGGGUCGAUUUGGACUAAAAAUUAAACCACCACCACCAAUCAAAUACAUCGAGCCUCCCAAGGAUGAGUACAAGCCAAAAGAAAUUGUGUUUAGUUGUGACAAGCCACAUGGCUGGUUUGGUUUAUUCCCAUGGUCAUAAUCUCUUUUGAUCAACGUUUGUGUAUUUCAGUUCAACUAUCGUACAAUUCUUAUCUAUGUCUAAGUAAGAAAGCUUACAAACAUGUAAAAAGUAACAAAUGGGGAACUUGAGCCUGCAGUCAAAACUACAGUUGCUCCUACAUCAUCGGAAAGUUUAUUACCGCAUAAUGUGUUUCUACUGUGCUCUUGUUUGGCAGGUAUGACUGUAAAAGUUGAGAGGAAAAAUUUAGUGGGAUUCAAAGUUUAUUGUAAAACCAUAAAAAUGGACCGAUGAUUAUAUGCAUUUCCUCCUAAUUUUUUCUUUCUUUUAAUAUUAAAGAUUGUUUGAAUAUUUGAAU